AUGUCUACCACUUCCGCCACCGACUCUACAUCUCCUAUCCAACACCGCGACAUCCGAUCUGCUGCUCAAGGAUUCAAGCGCGACAAGGACGCCAAUACGAAGUGGGCCAACGGCAUCCGACCUGGAGCCGGCGUGUCCUUCAAGAACCUUUACAACGACGAGCUGGUCAGUGGAAGUGAGGCCCAGUCUGAGAAAGUCCGACCACAUAAACAAUGGUCUCAAAACUCGAACGGCAACUACAAGAGCCACGCGAACAAGAACCCUAGGACGACCUCACAUGCUACAUAUGUCUUUGGCGCUGCCUCUGGCCGUCUCGACCGCAAAGUCGACGCCUCCCUCGAAGUCAACGAUUACACGACUUCUACACUCUCCAAGUCCCUCAUCGAUCUCUUGCCCCAGCAUGCCAACAACACCAACACAUCCAUUCAAACUGCUCUUCGUGACGUGAGCGGCGAUGCUGGCGUCAUCUACAGCUUUGACAACAAGGCCAGUCCUAGCGGCUCUGUAGCACUUGGCAAUCUAGUUGAGAUAGCAGAGAAGAAGUGGAUGAGCGAGCAAACCGAGCGAAUCGUGAAUGGCGAGUAUGAGGUUUUGGAUGGGGAGGGAGAGACUACCGUUCUCAAGGGAAGAAAGAGGAGCCCAAAGCAGAAGGCUUCCAAGAUCCAAGCCCAGGACGCCAUUGAGGACGAUGGCUUUGAGCUCAUUUAA